AUGAAGUUAGCCAAUCCUGGUCCGCUGGGACUUCUUUCCUUCACGAUCGCAACUCUUCCGGACGAGAACCCCGAAGAAAAUGCGGGUCCUACGCAAGCCGCAUUUGGCCUCAUUACCUUCAUUGGUAGAACUGCGCAGUUCAUCGCCGGCAUCAUGGAAUUUCGAGUCGGUAACACGUUUGAACGACGGUUCACUGUUCCUACGGCACUUUUUGGCUCAGUUUUGCUAUGUGUUUGCUCCCGUACCUGGGCAUCCAGUCGAAAUAUGGCGGGGAGAAGACUCGAGCAUACACAUUCGCCGUUGGUAUCUACUUGA